CUUAUGCGAUUCUGAUGUGAAAUGACCACUGCCAGUUAUAAUCAGCAACAGCAAUGCAAGUCGCCAGCGCAUUCGUCUGUAUAUCCCUUCCCCGUUCGCAUUUUCCAGGAUGGUUCUAAGCCAUUUCGUGCUGCUACUUGUGUCGUAUGUGGUUGCGUCGAAUUCCUCGGUCACGAUCCCGACGACUUCUGCAUCCAAUAGCAGCACCCCUGUCACGAGUAGCCCUUUGACUUUGCCCAUCUCACACUACCCUUUCAAUCCGUUUCCAACUCCAACGCUUGCGCCAGGGCCACCGAUUUUCCCUGCAACUGAUCCCUUAUAUCCCCCUCCUAUCAACGCAGACCCCAUGGUUGUGCCUGACUUUGCUCCAGCUUGGGCAGCCGCUUACACGAAGGCAAUGUCUAUGAUAUCCAACUUCACUAUCCAGCAAAAAGUCAACAUCACUACAGGCGUUGGCUGGGGUAAUGGUCUCUGUGCCGGAAACACUCCUCCUGUUGGAAACUUCCCUGGGUUGUGUCUUCAAGAUUCGCCGCUCGGAGUCCGAGAUACUGACUUCGUCACUUCGUUCCCCGCUGGUAUCACCACCGCUUCUACAUGGAAUCGUGUUCUUAUGCGCGCCCGGGGUUUCGCAAUGGGUCAAGAGCACCGAAUGAAAGGUGUCAACGUCGCUCUGGGACCCAUGAUGAACAUGGGCCGCAUCGCUCAAGGUGGACGCAACUGGGAGGGAUUCGGUGCUGACCCGUUUCUAUCUGGAGAAGCCGCCUAUGAAACGAUCCUGGGCCUGCAAUCUGGUGGUGUCCAGGCCACGGCUAAGCACUAUAUCAACAACGAACAAGAAUGGAAGCGCACGCUGGAGUCUUCCAAUGUCGAUGAUCGUACCCAGCACGAAAUUUACGCCCAUCCUUUUAUGCGUUCUGUAAUGGCGGGUGUCUCAUCGGUUAUGUGCAGUUAUAACUUGAUCAAUGACACUUAUGCUUGUAAUAACAACAAGACCCUCAACGACAUAAUGAAACGCGAGUUUGGCUUUCAAGGCUUCAUCCAAUCUGAUUGGUUUGCGACGAUGGAAACCCUUUCCCCUGUUGCCGGUCUCGAUAUGUCGAUGCCUGGAGCCAUAACCCUCGGUUCAGGGACUCAGAAUCUCACUGACUUCGUUAUGAACGACAUUAUCUCCAUACAGCGGCUUGACGAUAUGGCGACCCGGAUCAUUGCUGCAUGGUACUUCUUGCACCAGGACGAAGGCUACCCAAAUGUCACUGUUUCUUCGUUCGAUCUCUACAACCCUCUUAAUCGGGAGGUCAAUGCGCAAAGUGAUCAUUAUCUAAUUGUACGCGAGAUUGGUGCUGCUGGUACAGUUCUUCUAAAGAAUGAAGGCGCCCUCCCUCUGUGCAAGCCGAAGAGCAUCGUUUUAGUUGGCAGUGAUGCUGCUCCACCAGUUUCGGGUCCAAACGAGUACACCGACAAGGGUGGCGAUCCAAGUGGCAUCCUUGCGAUGGGCUGGGGUUCUGGAUCCGACAACUUCACGUAUCUUGUCUCCCCCUACGAAGCCAUUCAGUCACGCGCUCGAGUGGAUCAGACCAGUGUUUUCUGGGACUUUGAUGACUGGGACCUCGCCAAGGCAGGUAACUCCGUUAUUGGCAUGGAAGCCGCCAUUGUCUUCGUUAACUCCGACUCGGGUGAAGGUUACAUCACUGUCGAUGGAAAUGUGGGUGAUAGGAAGAAUUUGACUGCAUGGCAUCAGGGUGACCAGCUCAUUCUUGCUGUCGCUGCUCAAAAUAACAACACUAUCGUGGUCACCAACUCUGUUGGUCCUUUGAUCAUCGAACCUUGGGUCGAUCAUCCAAACGUCACUGCCAUUGUUUGGGCUAAUCUUGGCGGCAACGAGGCUGGCAACGCCAUCGCUGACAUUCUUUACGGUGCCUGGAAUCCAUCUGGGAAACUACCAUAUACCAUUGCGAAGAGCCCCACGGACUAUCCUGCUCAGCUUGUAACGGGUGGUACUAUAGCAGAUAUCCUGUCCAUAAACUACACCGAAGGUCUCUUCAUUGACUACCGCUGGUUCGAUGCACAAAACAUCACACCUCGUUAUGAGUUUGGCUUCGGAUUGAGUUACACAACUUUCGAGUACUCCGACCUUGCCAUCACGAAAGUUAACCCCGCCAACUACGCACAAAUGGACCUGGUUCAGAAUUGGGAAGACGGGGGUGCAACACCCAUUGCCGAAGGGUCUACAACUGCUCUCUGGCUGCAUAUGCCAGCAUACGAAGUUACCUUUAAUGUACAAAACACUGGUGCUUUAUACGGUUGCGAGGUUCCCCAAAUAUACAUCCAUCACCCACCCUCAGCCGGUGAACCGCCUUCGGUCCUUAAGGGCUUUACGAAUGUCGUUGUAUCACCAGGACAAACUACCUCUGUAUCGAUUACUCUGUCCCGCUACGAUCUUUCUGUUUGGGAUGUUGUUCGCCAGGGGUGGGCAAAACCAGAAGGAACUAUCACUUUCUCCGUUGGGGCAAGUAGCAGGGACUUUAGGCUGAGUGGGAUCAUUCCUGCAUAGAUUCUUGGGAGUCUGCAAUGUAAGAAAUAUAGAAACUUUGGACAUCAUGAUGGCCGAUAGUGUAGUGCAACGUUGCAACGCUUUACCGAGUUGUGGGGAAAUCGGCCGGCCCGACUUGCCAUCGGAUCUUUCGGCUACUAGGUGCUUUUGUCGAGUUCAACCUA